AUGGCGGACUAUGGAGUGACCACAUAUCUUUAUCUGACACUAUGCUUAGUGGAUAUAAUGCAAGAAGCAAAAGGUCGAAUGCUUAAAUGCGAUUACAUUCAACAAGGCAAUGCAUGGAGAAGAAUGGAGAUGCUGAUAUACAACAAUUGGCCUUGGUGGACACAGACGGGAAAACCUCGCACUGCAUGGCUUUACUAUUUUGCAUUUCUGAAGGGAUUUCAUCCAAGAUGGUUUUAUGUAACCAGAGAUAUGGACCGUCUUGGGGCAUUUUCCAAACAUUUGAUAACUUGGGGUCCAGGUAUGAGGUUCAAAAUCAAACUGUGUAGGGGUGCAACAACCAAAGGAUCAGCCUAUCUAGCACGGUUGCCGCCAGCUGCAGCCAUUGUCAACAGAGUAUUGAGUACAGUAAAGAGACCAAUUUACCUGCUAGAUGUCAAGACUCUCUCACAGCUAAGAAAAGAUGCUCACCCUACGAAAUAUGGUGGAAUCUAUUCGAGUAUUUAUUGCAACCACUGGUGCCUUCCAGGAUUGCCAAACAAUUGGAACCAACUUUUGUAUGCAGCACUUCUUAUAUGA